CCGACGACGCCAUUAAUUUCGUUUCGACAAAGGAAAUAAUUCGUGUUAUUUGUGCUUGGCUUAUACUUUGUUUUUCUAACUCUCCAAUUUUUUCUUUGUAAGAAAGUGCGGUUGCAUAAACAAUUGCAAAAAAUUAACCGCAUGAACGCUAAGUUAGUGCUAAGCAAGUGUUUAUAAGUUAUUUGCAUUGCAAAUUGCAAUUUAUUUGCGGCACGGUGUGCAAAGCUUUAACAAUUUGUACUUAUACGUUUCGGUUGAUCCAGGGUGUUAGCAAGUCUCCAUUACAAAAUGGCGGACGAUGAUGUUAAGAGACUGCGAGCGGCCAGGGGACAAUUAAAAGCUGCUUUAACAAGGAUGAUGGCGUUUAAAGCGGCAGCUGAAUCGGCUUCUUCUAGCGUAGAUGCGGACCCUUUGCUUUAUCAGCAAAAGAAGGAUAGGUUGGAGAAGAUCUUUGAGGAGUAUAAGGAGCUCAACCUCGAAAUCCUGUUACUGGAUCCAGCUGAUCAAGAACGGGUAGAAGAUUUCGAAGACAAGUACGAUGUACUGCGCUCCUUUUAUGCGGGCAUAAUCAAUGCAGCGUUGAGCGAGGCUGCGCCGCUCAUGUCACCGCAGCGAUCUUUCGCCUCCCCCGGGGGAUGUAACGCGUCGCCAUUCAGGCUGCCACCUAUUAAUUUGAAGGUGUUUUCUGGUGAGGUAGGUGAUUACCAAGGUUUUAUCUCACUAUUUAACAGCGUCAUUGACGGUGAUGUCAAAUUAAAGGCCUGCGAGAAGUUAUAUUAUUUAAAAACUUAUUUAAGUGGAGAGGCCUUAGCGCUAAUUAAUUAUUUACCUCUCACGGCCGAAUCAUACCCAAUUGCUAUUGAGCUUUUAAAACAAAGAUAUGAUAAUAAGAAACAAUUAGUUAACCAUCACAUCAUAUCAAUUUUAGAUUUGCCCCCCAUGCAAAAGGCAUCUGCUGGAUGUUUAAGGAACUUAGUUUCAGUAACUAGGCAGCAUCUAGGUGCGCUAACAAAUUUAAGUGCCCCAGUCUCUCAGUGGGAUUUAGUGAUAGUUACAAUUUUGCAAAGGAAACUUGACCAAUAUACUUUGAGAGCUUACCAUUUAGAAAAUCAAGGCAACAGUGAUUUGCCAAACCUCAAUGAUUUUUUAACCUUUUUAGAGCAACGAGCUGCUGCCUUGGAGUCGCUGGGAGAGCGCACGCCCACUGGGCGACGCUCUAGUUUAAUAAGCUCAGCAACAAGUAAUGUUAAAGUGGUUAAGCCGUUGAAGUCUAAAUGUAAGUACUGUCAAUCUAAUGUUCACAAGCUGCAUCAGUGCUCAACUUUCAGAUUAAUGGAGCCUCAUAAGAAAAAAACAAUUUGUUGUGUCUAAUAAAUUGUGUAGCAUUUGUUUAAAUGAACAUGUUGGUCAAAAAUGCAUCUAUUCUUUCAAGUGUGCCAUUUGCAAGGGCAAGCAUAAUACUCUAUUGCAUGAGGAAGUUCCGCAGCAGUGUGCGGCAGUCUCACAGAUUGAUGAAACUGAGAACCCAAUAUCGGGGUACAUCAGUUUAUUAUUAAGUAGGAGAGGUACUGAUCUUUUACCUACCAUAAAGGCUAGGGUAUAUGAUAAGCACGGGCAACCUAUGAUUGUUCGUUGUCUUCUAGACACAUGUAGCCAGAUUACCUUUUUGCGCUCUGAUGUAGCAGAGCGUUUAGGAUGCGAACUAUACCCUGAUGAUUCAGCAAUCUCAGGGGUGUGCGAUGCUCCCAGCUUUAAGGCUAUGCAAACCUCAUUGAGGGUUCAUUCCAUGGUAACGGAUUAUAGUGUCGCAGUGACAUGUAAUGUUGUUAAAAAUAUUACGGCUAAUAUGCCACAGUUCUCUCUCAGAAAUGAAGUUAUAAACAUACCACCUAAUAUCCAAUUAGCUGAUGACAGUUUUGAUAUUUCUUCAAGAAUUGAUAUACUAUUAGCGUCCCACGUAUUCUUUCAGGCACUUCUGCCGGAGCAGAUACCUGCCUUGCCUAGCAAGCUGGUGCUGCAAAAUACACGCUUCGGGUUUAUUGUAGCUGGCCUGGCCGGUUGCUCCAGCGCAGCCCCGGUUCCAAGCUUAGCUUCAAAUUUUUGCUGUCAACAGCUAACACAAAAUAAUGAUGAAGGUAAAUUAGAUAAUAUUGUAUCCCAAUUUUGGUUAACUGAGAAGGUUCCAGAAACAUACACAGAGGCCAGCUCUGAACAAGAGUUAGCUGAAACAAUAUUUCAGGAGACUGUAGUCUUGAAAGAUAAUAAAUUUGAGGUGGCAUUGCCACUCAAACAGAAUAUUAUUGAUCUGUAUUUAGGUGAUUCACUGUCAUGUGCUUUAAAAAGAUUCUUAAAUUUAGAAUUGCGCUUUAAAAAAGAUAAUGAAUUGUAUUCAAAAUAUAAAGCUUUCAUAGAUGAGUAUGUGCGGUUGGGCCAUGCAAGGUAUGUCAACAUUUCAGAGUACAACUUAGAAGGUGAGGCGGUUUAUUUUCUUGCCCACCACCCUAUUUUCAACCCCUCAAGUAAAACUUCAUCCCUUAGAGUCGUAUUUGAUGGAUCAAUGCCUACUUUGGCUAAAAUUUCACUCAAUGACGUUUUAUUGAAUGGGUCUGUUGUACAAAAUGAUCUGUUCAGUAUUUUGGUCUUGUUUCGCCUAUAUAAGUUCAUUUUGAACUGCGAUAUACAAAAAAUGUUUAGGGCUAUUUCAUUAACCCCAGAGCAUAGGCCGUUGCAAAACAUUUUAUGGCGUAAAGAUAAGAAUUCCGACAUACAAUGCCUUCAGCUGCAGACUGUAAGUUACGGUCUAAAAAGUUCGUCUUUUCUAGCCAUUAGGUGCCUAUUAGAGUUGGUGAAUAGAUACAAAAACGAUUAUCCCCUGGCCGCAGACGCUCUGUUAUAUAAUACCUAUGUUGACGAUGUCAACCUGGUUGCUAAUGAUAUGAAUCAAAUCUUGUCAGCCAAGACACAAUUGAUAGCCUUACUAAGGUUAGGUGGCUUUGAACUGCACAAGUGGUGCUCAAAUGUAGACAAUUUAUUGGAUGAUAUCCCACUUAGCUCACAAACUAAGGCAGUAGUAGACUUUUCCAAUGAAAAGGACCCAAUUGUGAAAACUUUAGGCAUCCGAUGUGACUUGGCUUCGGACACGAUUAUAAUGGUUGCCCCUAAACAGGAGGUUUGUGAUAAUUACACAAAAAGAAGUUUAUUGUCAUUUGUCAGCAGACUUUUUGAUCCUUUAGGUUUAGUCGGGCCUGCCAUAGUCAAUGCUAAGCUGCUUUUACAGCAGACCUGGUUGGAAAAGCUCCAGUGGAACUCUCCGCUACCAGACCACCUAAAUGAAGGGAUCAAAAGGUUUGCGACUAGUUUGAAUAAAAUGAAAAGCAUCGUUGUAAAAAGAAAUUUAGACACAUCUAAUGCUAAAACUAUAGAUAUAAUUGGAUAUGCUGAUGCUAGUGUAAAGGCUCAUGGAUGUUGUUUAUACCUCCGGAUUGUAAAUUUAGAUGAUAGUGUUAGCGUUGGCCUAUUGUGCUCUAAGUCACGGGUGAAUCCAAUACAAAAAUUAAGUAUCCCUAGAGCAGAGCUUAAUGCAGCUUUGUUGCUGGCCAAGUUAGUUAAAAAGGUCUAUGACCUCAUUAAGGAUAAAUUUGAGGUAAAGGUAUACCUGUUCUUAGAUUCUCAAGUUGUAUUGUGUUGGCUCGCAACAAGCUCAUUAAAGCUCAAUGUCUAUGUUGCCAAUAGGGUCAAAUAUAUACAGGAGACGACUCAAGACUUCUCUUGGUAUUAUGUGCCUACAGAGCACAAUCCAGCCGACCUUUUGUCAAGGGGCGUUGACCCGCAUUUAUUGCAAGGUAAUAACUUAUGGUUCUAUGGACCUACAUCCUUAAAAACAGCUGAUUUUCUGCCCAAAACUGGAUAUGAAAUACCAAGAGAAAUUCCUGAAUUAAGGGUCUCACAUGUAACUGAAAAGAGUGAGCCUCUACCUCUGUUCAUAGGUUGUUCUAAUAUAGAUAGGAUUAAACGGAUUGUAUCCUAUAUGUAUAGAUUUGUCAAUAACUGUAAGGUUAAAUUAGAAGAUAGACUGUCAGGGAAUUUAACGCCCGAAGAAUUGGAUCUCGCUUUAAAAAUUGUUCUCAGAUGGGUGCAAGCGCAGUACUUUGCACAAGAAAUAAAGGCUUUGAAUUCGAAGUCGCCUCUAAAGUCAAAUCUUCAGGCGUUGAACCCGUUCCUUGAUAACAUGCACUUAAUGCGUGUAGGUGGGCGGUUACAGCAUGCUGAUGUGCCUUAUGCCACUAAGCAUCCCAUAAUAUUGCCAAAAGGCUGUAAGCUUGUGCAUUAUUUAAUAGAAAAAGAGCAUAGGGUUCUGCUGCAUGCUGGGGCAAAGCUUGUCUUGUCAGAUUUAAGUUUAAGGUACCAUAUCAUUAAUGGCAUAAGAGAAGUUAAGUGUGUUAUAAAUAAGUGUAUAAUUUGUUUUAAGUUAAAAGCAAAAAAUGCCGAGCAAUUGAUGGGUUCUCUACCUUAUGACAGAAUAACGCCUUGCAGGGUAUUCGAAAAGACUGGAAUGGAUUUUGGAGGUCCUUAUAAUAUAAAAAUGUUAAGGGUGAGAAAACCUGUUAUACGUAAGGCAUACAUUUUGCUAUUUGUAUGUUUCACAACCAAAGCUCUGCAUAUUGAGUUGGUCUCAGACUUGACCACUGAAUGUUUCAUGAAUGCAUUAAAGAGGUUUAUAGCGCGUAGAAAUAAGCCAAACAUAAUUUAUUGUGAUAAUGCCAGUACCUACAAAGGGGCUCAAAAUAAAUUGAAUGAGUUGUAUAAAUUGCAGUCUGCCACAGACCACAAGAAUGCUGUAGAGCUCUUUGCUGCUGAUCAAGGCAUUUCAUUUAAAUUUAUACCGAGUUAUUCUCCUGUGUUCGGUUCAUUGUGGGAGGCUGGAAUAAAAUCUGUGAAAUACCACUUAAAGCGGGUUGUAGGUGAAACCGUCUUAACAUACGAAGAAUUAAAUUCGGUAAUCGUACAAAUUGAAGGCAUUUGUAACUCAAGGCCCAUGACUGCUUUGCCUACAACCGAUGUUAAUGAGACUCCAUAUCUUAGCCCUGCUCAUUUUUUGACUGGUGCUCCUCUUACCACAUAUCCUGAAAAAGAUUGUACUAAAGGGCCUGUUAGUCUUACUAAGUUUUGGGAACAAUGUAACCGUAUGGUUCAAAACUUUUGGAAGCAGUGGCAUAAACAGUACCUUGUUCAAUUACAAAAUAGGCCAAAAUGGCGCAAAGAUUGUAAGAAUAUAGAAGUAGAUACUUUAGUGAUAGUUAAGGAUGAUAAUGUAACACCUUUGAGGUGGCCCAUGGCUAGAGUGGUAGAGGUCUACCCCGGAGUUGAUGGAAAAGUAAGGGCACUCUCCAUAAGGACAAUUAAAGGGUCUAUCAUAAGAACAAGCAUAUAUAAAGUGUGUGUUCUACCAAUAGAUAGUUAAGUUGUAUAACAUAGUUAGUUUCUAAGAUAGUUAACAUAUAGUUUAUAUAAACCUUUUUUGUGGUUGGGAAUAUGUACGAGACGGUACAUGAAAUAUGUAAUGACAUCUGUC